GCUCGAAAACCUCUCUUACCUGCGCCGUGCGCUCGGUUUUAUCCUUCGACACGUUUCCGAUCGGUCUCGUUGUCGCGUGCCCUGUCCGUAUCUACCGCGCGAACCCUGACCUUCCGCCAUUUUGGUUGCGCCGCCGCUUCCGGCUCGUCGCCAAACCCUCGGCCGCCGUUCUUACCGAUCGAGCGAUAUCGCGGCCCCCAAUCGAUCGAACUUCGCCGGGAAACAUGUUCGAAAACGCGCGGUCUGCGCGCUUCUACGUCGACUCGAUCCUCGUUCGCGCCAGCAACGCGAUGUUUUGAUCUAUCCUCGAUCCUCCCUUCGGAGGAUAUCGCGAUAAUCCACGAGACUCGUCGAUAGCAAACAGAUCGAAAAAUCAAAUUGCAAUCGUUGGAGGAUCGUCGCUGGAAAUUUGUACUCUGGCAAAAGUCUGGAUAAAAUUGCAAAGAUCGAAGGACUCCCGUUGUGCGUGUAUGUGUGAUCGUUGUUAUUACGAGGUAAGCAGAAGUCGAGAAGUGUGUUUCUGGGGGGUUGUUUGGUGUUUAGGAGCGUGGUUGAUACUGCGACGAAGUGGGUAGAGACAUCAAUCGUGCUUGCAGGGUUGAAUAGGAUUUCUAAGGGAUUCUUCUUCGUAAGAGAAGAGAACUAUCGGUCGCGAAGACUCGGCGAUCGCCCGAGAAUUCGGCAGAACUUUCCUACGCGUGUAAAAUUGUCGAAUGAAACAAUCUGCGGAAUCAGUAACAGGAAGAAACGGUACGAGAAGCUUAGAAAGUUUCUUACUUUCAACGAAGCUAACAAAGUACUUUUAAAACAGUCUUUCUAUAUUAUCUGCGAACAUUAAAAAAUCUUCACGGUCAACCGUUACGUUAUCAGAGAAGAACAGAUAGGAAGCAAAUCCAAUUACGAUACCUUUGUACAAUUAAGAAACAAUUGCGUUUAAUGCAACGAGACAAAUGUUCCAUCGAUCAUAACGCGUCUUUGCCUCCGAUCAAGGAGUACCUAGCACUUUCUAGGAAGACCCAGUAGCCGAUUCAACGCCGCAGAGUCCAACUUGGACAUCUAGAAGUUGGAUGGCCAAGUUUGGACGCCUCGACGAAUCCGUUUCCAGUUGAAGCAGCCUCGAAAGCGUAAUUCCAACGACUAUUGACUAGUCUAUCGUUUCACGACAACAGUAUCGUCACGAAUCUCGUGCACAAAGACCUAACCGCGAGAAAAUCGAUCGGAAAUUCAAAUAGCCGAUCAAUGUUCGACGAGAUCUGGCUCUAAAUAAAUUGCAAACUUUCGAUCGGCUAUCUGUUCGUUAAGACUCGUGCAACGAAGGGAGUCGUCGAAAGGACUGAUCAACAGGUUGCUGAUCUAGAUAGAGCUACGCCACGGGACUGUUGGUUAACUUCCUCUCGAGAGGAAGUCCGAGGAACUCGAGAUCGAGAGUUCUAUCUUCUGGCACGAGAGUUUCUCGUCUCUUGCUGUCCGAUCGAGAGGAAAACGAGGCCUGGUACCACAGAAGGAUUAGAUUGGCAAGUUGCCGGGUGAUAAUCCAAGUAUCGCGGCUUCUAAGGAUGGAAAUUUGGCGGAGACCAAGUUUGGACGAACACGUGCAGUGAAAGGUUAAAUCGUUCGCCGUGAAGUUUCACAGUGCAUCGUAGGAAGGAAUUUUAGCGUGAUUGAUCGGUAAUUAUUUCUUUUGUCGUAGCGACGACGAAUAAAGUGUCUUAAACCGGAGCUUGGGAAAUUUUAGCGAUCGAUAACUUUUUUCUCCGUGAGAAGCGAAGUGUUUUGUACUCUUGAAAAAUGAAAAAAAUAUUCUGAAUGAAAAAUAGCUUCAGAUCAGUCGAUAACUUUUUCCUACGAGGUCGAGCAAAGUGUUUUGGUCUUGGGAUUAGGAAAUCGAGAUCGGGAAAUGUUCUAAAUGAAAAGUAAAUUAAUCGAUAAUAGUUCGAUGAUUCAUAAAGUGAUUUUUCUUCGUUUUUUUUUUUUUUUUAUCGAAAAGAUACGGCGAUCAUUAGAGUAGAAAAGAAAGAAUUAGGUUAGCGAGGGAAUUGAGAUAACCAGGCGAGAAAACCGGUUUGAAAAGUGUCGUAUCGAGGAUCGUAGUGUAAAAUCGUGGAAUAAAUCACCGGCUUAGUUUGUUCGAAGCCUAUUCAGACGCAACCUGAUAAUAAGCCGUAUUGACAUUUCGAAGAUAACGAAUAAUAUAUCGUUGAUACGAUAAAGAGGAGUCGAUUUGUAGAAAAAUAUAGCAACAACGGGUUCGAUUUAAAGCUGCGGGAUUGAAUUAAAUCUUCAUGAACCGAUAGAGAAUCGUCGUUUCGAUAUAAUAUUUAUUGUUUUUUAAAAUCAGAAAUCCUUAUUUCAGUGAUCGUGCUUCGACGAAACGUUUCCUUUCUUCGGAUCAUUUUAUUCAAUGGAUAUCGUACAGUACGAAGCGAAGCUUUUCACAAUGGAAAUAAGAUUCCAAUCGCAACAUUGUUAGUAGAAAGAUAUUUCUUCCAUUAAUCAAAGAUCGAAUCAAAAGAGCAGUUCGUUGAUCAAAAGUGUAAUAAAAUCGAGUGAAAUAUCGUAUCGGGAAGUUAAACCGCAAUCGCGAAACUUCCACUUCAAUCGAGUCUAACGAACUCGAACAACUUCUGGAAUUAAGGGCUGCAACAUCGUUGAAGAUUAAACUCGAAGGCCACGAAUUUAUUGUUCCCAAGGAAUACCACGAGCUUUCUCGUAAAAUAAGAAACUCGAGAUUAUUGAAGAUAAUAAAGGAAGGAAUUUUAAGACUUCGUAAAAGUAUACUCCGUUGUAAUCAGGAUUAAAUACAGCUUCGUUAUACAUACUUUCUACCCGCGUACAAUUAUCGCAAUCAAUUAUAAAUUUUUCUAAUUUGCUAACUCACUUUUCCCACCGAAGGAUUCUCCUUAAUUUGUAUAAUAUUCUCGUUGUUUGUGCAAACAAAUUUUUCGAAAUAGAAUUUGCAAAUUUUCACAAGUUACGUGUUCAAUUAUUACUUUUCGAAACAAACGAGUUUCUCUAAUUAAAAGUAAUUCGUUAAAAUUAAAACUUCAUUGAAAGCGAGUGUGCGUACAGGUCAUUGAUUUAAGCGCAAGACAAUUAUACUAAAUGCAAGGGUAGCUUGUAAAGAUUGUACAUUUUUUUUCGCAAUAGAAGAAAGAAAGAAGAAAGUAGAAGGUGAAGAAAGAUCAAAGAUUUAAUAGAUCGACGAAAGAAAGACAGAAAAGUGGAAGUUUGGAGAACUUUGUUAACGCUACAGCGGUGAAUUACGAAAACUUCGUAGUACUUUGCAAAAGCUAGGUAAGCAAGUUGAGGAAGUUUAUGGAACUUUACGAAAGGUACAGAAGCGUGCUAACGAUUCUCAGAGAAUUUCACAAAAGCUAUAGAGAUAAGUUGAGGAAGCUUACUGUAAUCUGUAAAAGAUUAAGGGAGCAAGCAAGAAAAGUAUGCAGUUUAUUGUCGUAAAAUGUUUCAAAGGUUACGAAAGUAAAUUGUAGUACUCUACAAAAGCUCCAAAAGUAAAUUAAGAAAGUCUUAAAACGUAUGAAAAUCUAUAAAAGUGUAGUAGAAACUGCCAGAGAAUUACGUUUAAGUCGAAGAAGAAGCAAAUCGAGGAAGCCUACGUUAUUCUGAGAAAGCAACAAGAAUAUCAAGUUAAAGAGACUAUGCGAAAGCUAUAGAAAAUUCUUAAAGAGUUGCACGAUCUAGGAAAUGUUCGCGAAAGUUUGCAAAAUCUACUGCUACGAGUGAACAAUACAAGCGAGAUUAAAAACCUUCGCACGAUUCUACAAAAUCUACAAAAGGUGAACUACAAGAGUUCACGAACGUCCGCGUGCACAAUUAUACAAACUUUACGAAACCAACGAACGAAAGCUUACAGCGUCUCACAGAACAUCGCCAGAACCAACCUAUAAGAAGCUUGCAAAUCGUAUAUAAGUUUCAUAGGCAAAAAAGGCGAGUACAGUGCAGGAAUUGACUAUGGAAUCGCGUUAGAAGAUCGAUCUAGCACUCUGAUCCAACGUAAUACUCUUCUUGACCAACUAAAAGCAAAGUGUUCAACUACGAUCGAAUGUGAGUGCCCUGUUUGAGUUCCUAGAACCCAGCUAUAAGAAGCUUGCAAACCUUAGAGAAGCAAGAAAGCCAAUAACGGAACACCGACGAAACUGGCUAUCGAUCCACGUUAAAGAAGGUCAAUCUGCUAACCAAAUCCAACGAAAUAAUCUGCUUAAUUAAUUAGAAACAAAGCGUUUGGCUAUAAUCGAAAGUGAGUGCCCUGACCCUGCAACCGACUGAGAACUUUCGUCGAUUGUCUUGCCGAAGAUCUACCGGUCGCGUGAUUCAUCGAGGCCACCGGUUGAGCAGGUCAGGGACGCGAGUUCUGCGGCUUCAGGCCGGUGCACAUCCAACCUGGAUUUCUACACGAUUUAACGCGCGUCGGGCUUCGGGGACGCUGUGAGCGUGUCGGCGUGCAGACGGCCCGGCAUUAUCUCUGCAACGCGACGAUAAAGUUCCGCACGAGGGACACGAUAAAAGCACGCGGGUUCUGCUUGAUUAAUCGCGCGUCUCUAUUCACCGAUUCUGCUUUCGUUAGGACAAUCCGUGCUGGACCGAGCGCAACGAAAUAUAGCGAGAACGUUGCUCGGGGUUGGAAAGUGAGAAUAAUAAAUACAGGAGGUGAAUCUUCCGAUGGCAGGUGAAUUGUGAAGUGAAACGUGGAAUUGGAGGAAGUGGGAAGCAGUUGGGAUUGGAGAAACUGCAAAGUGAUAUUUUGGAGAAAUGGGACUGGCAGAGAGAGAAGCCGAAAUGCAGGAGUUAGAAACCUCAAGACCUGGUCGAUCGCGAGACCUCUUCGGCGUGCAGCUCGAGGUUACCUCCUUGCUUUUGGAAGGGGAACGCAGAAAAUUAGCGGUCCUCCAAAGAGAAUUGCAAGUUGCACUCGAAGAAGGGGGAAGCGUAAAAGUUAAAGAGAAGCAGCGACAAGAAUUGCUGCACGCCAUAUCGAAGAUUCAAGGACAACACGAGCAACUCGACAAAGAGUACAGGAUCCACGCUGCCGGCGUUCUCUUAUGCAACUCGAGGGGCUCCGGCAAGGAGAUAGCUGGAAGUCAAUGGAAAUGCUAGAAGAUCGCAUUAUGCAUGGAAUUAUGCUCAACCGAACUCUGCAGCAUAGACGACAUCGCGUGAUCUACGUAGAAUGAACAUGAUCUUUCAAUUAAUACCGUAGAAUACAAUAGAGAAUUAUUCGAUGGGACGAUCGAAAUUCCUCCUAGUACUAUCCUGUAUACGAUACACCUCCCGAAACAUAGAAUUUCAUUGUUUUUACAUAAUUAAAGAGAUUUCACUUGACCAAUCCGUUUAUUAUAUUAUUAAUAUAUACAAUCGAGGAACAAUACGAAUUUUAUUUUUAUGGAAUAUUUAGAAUUAUUUUAUAUGUAAAGUGAUUUUAAAUAAAUAAUUUUAAUUGUUUAAUGUAUGGAGAUAUUUUCAAUUUACACUUUUGUUGGUUAAACUUCUUGUUUAAAUAUCGACGGGAAAUAUGUUAAAUUAACGUAUAAUUAUUCGUAUAUUUCUUAUUUGAACGU